AUGGACUCACCUCCGUCGCCAAGAUCGACGGUCCUUGGACCAAGAAGCCGAUUGGAGCUACGACUCAAUCUUCAAGCUAACAUUGAGCAUACUGGGCACAACGAAGCAUCUCCCUCUGUGCCUAUGCUGCCAUCUUCCGGUCCUCCGGCUGCUUCUGCCAUUGGCGCCUCUGGCGUCUUUCCUGAGAAGCAGCCUGACUUCAACAACUUCGACAUCAUCCACCGCAAUACUCUUCCACCUCGCAGCUACUUUUUCCUCUAUGGCAAUGAGAAAGAUGCUUUGUCGUACGACACAUCCAAGGCCAAAUGCCAGCGUUUGUCCGGCAAAAAAUGGAAAUUCAGCUUCUCCAAAAACCCCUUUGAGGGUGAGAUUGACUUCUACAAGGAGUCGUUUGAUGUUUCCGACUGGGACGAGGUCCAAGUCCCAGGUAUGUGGAAUCUGCAAGGCUAUGGGAAGGGUCCGCAUUACACCAACAUGGACUACCCCUGGAACCCAAACCCACCCCAUGUGCCUCUCGAUGAGAAUGAAUGUGGUCGCUAUGUGACGCAUUUUGAAGUUGAUCAAGACCUCGAGGGUCAUCAGAUGCGGCUGAGGUUCGAAGGCUGUGAGACUGGCCUCACUGUAUAUGUGAACGGUCAAGAUGUGGGCUACUCUCAAGGGUCAAGGAACCCUAGCGAAUUUGAUGUUUCCAAAUACAUCAAGUUCGGGAAGACCAACACACUGGCUGUCGAGGUGUACCAAAGAACCAAUGGGAUCUACCUGGAAGAUCAAGAUCAUUGGUGGCUGGCCGGCAUUUUUCGUGAUGUAUACCUCCAUGCCUGGCCUAAGCCUGCUCAUAUUGAAGACUUUUUUGUUCAUGCUCUGCUUGAUGCGACUUACCAAGAAGGCACUCUCAAGGUGGAUGUCCAGCUCAGUGGCAAAGCCAAAGUCCAUCUAAAGCUCCUAGACGCAGAUGGCGAGGAGAUACUCACGUCUUCACAGACCGGCUCAUCAAACGUCGUCUUUGAACUUGACGUCAAUAGGCCACGCAAGUGGUCAGCCGAGGAACCGUAUCUAUACAACCUCAUACUGUCCGCGGAAGACCACUACAUUGCUCAGAAGAUUGGGUUCAGAAGAACCGAGCUCAUUGGUGGCGUAUACUGCAUCAAUGGACAGCCCAUCAAGUUCAGAGGCGUCAAUCGCCACGAACAUCACCCUGAUUUCGGCCGAGCUGUGCCUUAUGAAUUUAUGCGCAGAGAUCUCCUCAUGAUGAAGAAACACAACAUCAACGCUAUACGUACCUCCCAUUACAUUAACGACCCACGAAUGUACGAUGUUGCCGACGAGCUAGGCCUUUGGAUCCUCGACGAGGCCGAUCUCGAAUGUCACGGCUUCGGUACUUGCGGCGGUGAUGCCUCAGCAUAUGCAUCCGAUAACCCCGACUGGGAGGAGGCGUACGUCGACCGGGCGCGCCAGAUGGUUCAACGUGACAAGAACCACGCCUCGGUCGUCAUCUGGUCUUUGGGUAACGAAUCAUUCUAUGGCCGCAACCACCGAGCAAUGUACGAAUACAUAAAGUCGGUGGACAAGACGCGUCUUGUGCACUACGAGGGCGACUGGGAGGCCAGAUCGGCAGAUAUCUUCAGCUGCAUGUACCGACCUCAAGACCAGAUGGUCUCUUGGGGCGAGGAAAGAGAUUGGUCCAAACCACUCGUCAUGUGCGAGUUUAUUCAUGCCAUGGGCAAUGGACCAGGAGGCGCUAGCGAGUAUGUCGAGGCCUUUUACAAGUAUCCACGUCUCAUGGGUGGAUUUGUCUGGGAAUGGGCAAACCACGGCCUCCGUACCAAGACACCCGAAGGUGAGGAGUACAUGGCCUAUGGCGGUGACUUUGGGGACGAGCCCAACGACUACAACUUUGUCAUGGACGGCUUAAUAUUCUCUAAUCAUACGCCAACACCGGGUCUCCUCAACUAUGCUAAGAUCAUUGAGCCCGUUCAAUGUCUUCGAUUGCACGGUUCCAAGGUCACUAUCAUCAACCGAUAUGACAUGAUCAAUCUUGACCACCUGAAAUGUGUUUGGUCUAUCAUUGGGGAUGGCCAACUGAUUGAGGGCGGUGAGCUAAAAAUUCCAAAAGGCAUCAAACCUCACAGCGAAGGAAUUAUUCAUUUAGACAGUCUGCCGCCACCACCCGUUGGAGAGUCGUAUUUGCACUUGGACUUCUCGCUGCGUCAUGAUACCAACUGGGCAAAGGCGGGCCACAUUGUGGCAUUCGGUGAAUUCCGCCUCGCCCCGCCCCUGAGUCUUGCUCAUCAUAUUCGUUCUCUAGCAGUUCCGUCAGAAAAUUGCCCAACGAUGGAGCAGGUUACUUCGAACGGCAUCCUCAAGCUCGUAAUCCGGAGCAGUUGGGGUACCGUCUGGGAGUUUGACCAGACAAAGGGGACACUGACGUCGUGGAAACGACUUGCAUUCCCGGACACCAACGUACUGACAGAACCCUUGACCUUUUCCCUCUACCGGGCCCUGACAGACAACGAUCGAGGCGGCAGCGCCGGCGGCGACUGGAGAAACAGCCGCCUGCACCAGGUCAAGGCGCACCCUCUACAGGUCACCUGGGAGCGACGUCCAGACGGCAGCCUGGAGAUCAUCGCACAUCACCGCGUCGCACCUCCCGCGCUGAACUGGGGAUUGAUGACGACCACCUCGUAUCGCUUCGCGGGCGGCUCAGUCAGCAUCAGCGUCAGCGCCAAAAUCACCGGGUAUCGGAAGCCGCGGUGGUUCGCCAAGUUCGGCCUCAAGCUCGGCCUCGCCGACGUGGAAUCUGCGAAAUGGUUUGGCCGAGGACCCGGCGAGUCUUACCGCGACAAGAAGCUCUCUCAGGCGUGGGGCAACCACGAAGAAAAGAUCGACAAGCUCUUUGUCGACUACGAGUUCCCGCAAGACGGUGGAAGCCGCUCCGAUGUACGAUGGGUUGAGUUUUGCCGCAAGGAGGGCGGGAAGGUGCUGCGUGCCCGUUUUGGGGACUUUGAAGGGGCUGGGUUCCAGGCGCUCCGGUACUCGACGGAGGACCUGGACGAGUGCACUCAUCCAUAUGAGCUCCACAAGAGGAAGAGGAAGGACACGGUCGUGAGCUUGGAUUGGGUCCAUCAUGGACUUGGUACAGGGAGCUGUGGACCGUCCACACUGGCUCAGUAUGAGCUCAAAGCGGACCAGGACUUUAAGUUCCAUGUGUUACUAGACUAA